GAUUCUUUUAUUCAGCUGACAGACAUGGUUCCUGGCCGCUACAUCUUUCGCCUUCGAGUGACUGAUGACCAGGGCUCCUUUGACGAGGACACAGUGUCCAUCAUAGUGAAGGCAGACCCACACCUAAUGGAUCUCGUUGAGCUGGUUUUGAACGUGGAAGCGCAGAGGUUGUCCAAGGCCCAAGAAGACUCGCUAGAAGCAAAACUCUCUCUUUUACUGAGGGAGGAGGCGAUUAUCCACGUGAGGGAGAUGCGCAUUGAAGACCACACUGGCCGAGCUGUGAUUGUUUUCUACGUGGAACAUCGUGACACUCACCUCAUAUUGCCAGGCCCUGCCGUUGUUGCACGUCUGAAGGAAAAGCUGACUCGAGAUUCAGGUCUCCUGGAGAUGUCUGUUGCUAGCAUUCAGACUGCAGUGUGCCAGAACAACUGUUCA